AUGAUAAAUAGAUUCAUUAGAUCAACUAUCAUAUCACAACAACCUAAAUCAAUUUAUACUUCUUUUACUUCAUCUUCAUCUUCAUCUUCUUCAUCAUCAUCUUUUUCUUUUAAUAACAAAUCAAUUUUAAAUUAUAUUUCUAGAAAGAUGUCUACUACUACUACUACUUUUACUUUACCAAAUCAAAUGAAAGCAGUCAGAAUACAUCGUACGGGAGGAGCAGAUGUAUUACAAUAUGAAGAUGUCAAUUUACCAACGAUCAAGGACAAUGAAGUAUUGGUAAAGAAUGAAUCGAUUGGUAUUAAUUUCAUUGAUACUUAUCAUCGUACUGGAUUGUACACUCUACCAUUACCAUCAACACUCGGACGCGAGGGUGCUGGUACAGUGGUGCAAGUUGGAGCAUCGAUCAAAACACUCCAGAUUGGUGAUAGAGUCACCUAUUUUUCACCGGGCUCUUAUGCUCAAUACACUGCCGUGCCAAUCGCAGUGUGUCACCAUAUCGAUGCAUCGUUGGAUGCUCAGACAGCUGCUGCAUUCACUCUGCAAGGUUUGACGGGCCACUAUUUGGUGAGAUCGACCUUUGCACUCGCCGCCAACCACACAUGUCUUAUUCACGCAGGUGCUGGUGGUCUCGGCCAAGUACUUAUCCAGAUGGCCAAGAUUAUUGGUGCACGUGUCAUUACAACCGUAUCGUCCAAGGAAAAGGAAGAGUUGGUGUUGGCAUUGGGUGCCGACCACGUCAUCAACUACAGCUCGACACCAGACUUUAGCGAGCAGGUCAAGAAGCUAGCCAACGACGGCAAGGGUGUCGACGUUGUCUAUGACGGUGUCGGACAAGCCACUUGGCAACAAAGUCUAAAGUCACUCCGUCCACUUGGUUAUCUCUGUUUGGUCGGUAAUGCCUCUGGACCCGUUCCACCCAUCGAUCCAUUGAUGCUCAGUGCCAACGGAUCACUCUUUGUCACCCGUCCAACACUCGCCGACUACCUCCGUGAACCUGGAUCCAUGCAAUCUAGAUGCACCGAAAUCUUCAAAUGGGUCAGUCAAGGCAGACUCAAACUCACCUCCAAAACUGUACUCCCACUCUCACAAGCCGGCGAAGCUCAUAUUCUCCUUGAAAGUAGAAAAUCUAAAGGUAAAUUAUUAUUAGAACCUCCAACCAACUAA